ACGAGGUAUGGAGAAACAGGAGUAGACCAUGGAGAGAAAUGGGAGGAGGCUGGGAGGAUAUUUAAGUGACCGGCAGGGGCUUCUCUCCAUACCAGCCUUUCCUCUCUUUGUGGACAACAUCACUGGCAUCACAUCCAGGCACCCAGGAAUGACUCGCUAAUGAGCGCCAGAACAUCUCCCUUGGCAGCGAUCUCUGCUUUUCUGUCUCUGCCUCCUCUCUCCGCUGUCCGAUGACCAGCCAAAACCCAGAGAACAGCUCCAACCUGGAAAACGCCAUGCAGCUGAUGAUCCAGACGUUCCACAAGUACUCGGGAAAUGAGGGCGACAAGUACACGCUGAGUCGUGCGGAACUGAAGGAGAUGCUCACGCAGGAGCUGGGCAAUUAUCUCGGGAACGCCCAGGACAAGGACGCAGUGGAGAAAGUGAUGAACGACCUGGACGCCAACAACGACGGCGAAGUCGACUUCACUGAGUUCGUCAUCCUGGUGGGUGCCCUCACAGUCGCCUGCAAUGACUUCUUCCUGGAGUAUCACAAAGACGACAACAAACCCGGCGAAAAAAACUAGCGGGUUUCAAUAGCUCACCUAAUUACAUCACGGAAAUGUUGGGGAAGGCGGGGACAGGUAUUUGUUUUGGUCAGGGGAAUUCCCACAUGCACCUCUCCCAUCUAGAUGCAAUACGCCCAUUACCAGUUAAAGAUGUGCCUCUUUCCACAUGCUACCAGAGGUUUUUUCAUUCAAUAAAUAUCAAACACUUUGUUUUGUUGCAAAAUGUUCAUAGCUGCACGCAAGUAUGUUCAUUGCUGCAUGUGAUUGUGCUUCCCAAUUCGUUUUCUUCAUUUUGUAGCCAUUUUUCAGUUGAUGGAACUUCUCCAACUUAAAGUAAAAAAAAAAAAACCUUGUGUAAUUUUGGUCUUGUCUGAGUCAUGUACGAGGAAAGUAUAAUGUCCUAUGAUACAUAAGUAAUUAAACAUAUAACCA